CUCAGAUUUCCUUCCAGUUUGCAAGAUCUUGCUUUCUUUCAACACUUGCUUUAAGCCUGGUUCCCAUGCCGUCCGCCAUCAAUGCAGCGGUGGCUCAGCAGACAGCUACUGGGUCAGUUCCCAGUGCUAUUAGCACUGCUACAACUGAAGGUGCGGGUGGGGGCACAGGAGGGAUUUAUUCUGCAAUUAUAAGUCGCAACCAGCCCAUUAUCAGAGUAAAGGAGAAGACCUAUGAAGAGCUUCACAAGAAGUGCCUGGAGAAAAACAUUCUCUACGAAGAUCCUGAUUUCCCACCAAAUGAAUCCUCCCUCUUCUAUAGCCAGAAAGUCCCCAUCAAGUUUGAAUGGAAAAGACCACGUGAAAUCUGCGAGAAUCCACGGUUUAUUAUUGGUGGAGCCAACAGAACAGAUAUCUGCCAAGGAGAAUUAGGUGACUGCUGGUUCCUGGCUGCCAUUGCUUGCCUGACGCUGAAUAAGAAACUACUCUGUAAAGUCAUACCUCAUGACCAGUCCUUUAUACAAAACUAUGCUGGCAUCUUCCACUUCCAGUUCUGGCGCUAUGGAGACUGGGUGGACGUCGUCAUCGAUGACUGCUUACCCACGUACAACAACCAGCUGGUCUUUACCAAGUCCUCCCAGCGCAACGAGUUCUGGAGCGCCCUUCUGGAAAAGGCCUAUGCAAAACUCCAUGGGUCAUACGAAGCUUUGAAAGGAGGCAACACCACUGAAGCCAUGGAGGAUUUCACUGGAGGAGUCACAGAGUUCUAUGAUAUAAAGGAUGCCCCUAAAGAUAUCUAUAAAAUCAUGAAACAUGCCAUUGACAGAGGAUCCCUUAUGGCCAGCUCCAUUGAUGAUCAGCUAGGCUUUUCUUAUGGAUCAGCUCCUCGGAGCGACAUCGGGGAACUGAUUGCUCGAAUGGUGAAGAAUCUGGAAAACUCACAGAUGAGUUACCCCACUGUAAACUACCAGGCGACGGAUGAGAGGCCAGCCUGGACCAUAGUGCCAAUGCAGUAUGAGACACGGAUGUCUUGUGGGCUCGUCAAAGGUCAUGCCUACUCAGUCACGGCUGUGGAAGAGACAACAUUUAAAGGGGAAAAAAUACGUCUGGUACGGCUGAGAAACCCCUGGGGACAGGUGGAAUGGAAUGGACCUUGGAGUGACAAGUCAGAGGAAUGGACCUUUAUUAAUGAAGAAGAGAAAAUCCGCCUGCAGCACAAGAUUGCAGAGGAUGGGGAGUUCUGGAUAUCAUUUGAAGACUUCAUGAGGCACUUCACAAAGCUUGAGAUCUGUAACCUCACACCUGAUACUCUGGAAGCCGAUAAACUCCAGACCUGGACUGUGUCGGUCAACGAAGGGCGCUGGGUGAGAGGCUGCUCAGCUGGAGGCUGCCGCAAUUAUCCAGACACAUUUUGGACCAAUCCCCAGUAUCGCUUGAAGCUCCUGGAGGAAGAUGAUGAUCCCGAGGAUGAACAGGUGAUCUGCAGCUUCCUUGUCGCACUGAUGCAGAAAAAUAGGAGGAAAGAACGCAAGCUGGGAGCCAACUUGUAUACCAUUGGCUUUGCCAUCUAUGAGGUGCCCAAAGAGAUGCACGGUACUAAGCACCACUUGCAAAAGGACUUUUUCCUCUACAAUGCCUCCAAAGCUAGAAGUAAGACCUAUAUAAACAUGCGAGAAAUCUCUGAGCGCUUCCGGUUACCUCCCAGCGAGUACGUCAUCAUCCCAUCAACAUACGAACCCCACCAGGAGGGAGAAUUCAUCCUGAGGGUCUUCUCAGAAAAAAGAAGUCUUUCAGAGGAGGUUGAAAAUAUGAUUGAGGCAGAUCGUCCAUCGAAAAAGAAAAAGGGCAAGCCUAUCAUAUUUGUUUCUGACAGAGCCAACAGCAAUAAGGAACUGAAUGCAGAUGAAGAUGCUGGCAAAGAUGGUGAAAAACCCCACGUAGAUGAGAAAAAGCGUCCUUCGACAAGAACUCGAGAGGGAAGUGAAGAAGAAAACCAGUUCAGGAAUAUUUUCCGACAGAUUGCAGGGGAUGACAUGGAGAUCAAUGCUGAAGAGCUCAGGAAUGUUCUCAAUAACGUUGUAAAAAAACAUAAGGACCUACGGACAGAAGGAUUUGAACUGGAAUCCUGCCGCAGCAUGAUUGCUUUAAUGGAUACAGACGGCUCAGGGAGGAUAAACUUCGAUGAGUUUCGACAUCUCUGGGACAAGAUUAAAAGCUGGCAGAAAAUCUUCAAGCGUUACGACACGGAUCACUCAGGCACCAUUAACAGCUACGAGAUGCGCAAUGCAGUGAAUGAUGCAGGGUUUCGGCUGAACAACCAGCUCUACGACAUCAUCACCAUGCGCUAUGCUGACAAGAACAUGAACAUCGACUUUGACAGCUUCAUCUGCUGCUUCGUGCGCCUGGACGCCAUGUUCAGAGCAUUCCACGCCUUUGAUAAAGAUGGAGAUGGCAUCAUUAAGCUCAAUGUCCUGGAGUGGCUGCAGCUCACGAUGUACGCGUAACACUGGAGCCAGAGGCCAUCUUCAAGAUCACACUCAAGACUUCUAUUUUGAGUAACUUGCUCCAUUCAUCCCCAAGUACGAACAACAGCAUUUCCUACAGCAUGUGCUUCACUCAUUGACAUAAACAGUGUAUGGAAAGAAGGCCUGGAAAAAGGGACAACCACACUCCAGUAGGCUUACCAGUGCCCAUAUUCUGUAACUACUUUGAGAACUUCCCGAUAUUUUCCUUUGGGCAAUGAGGAUUAGUUUAACUGAUGACUUUUGACUGAUUGAUGACAAUCAAGCUUUUGGUGCAUGGUAAAGUCAUGGAGCGUGCAUCCUUACUCUGCUUAUGCUGACAACUGGAAGUCUUCCCUCAAAUCAGGCAAAACUGGGACUGUAGAUGAAUUGUGGAAGUCAGAAGUGUUUACUGCCACCUUGUAAUUAGUCAUUAACUCUUGGUCCUGCUUUUGAUACUACCAUGUCAGCAUCUUCAUAAUGGUAACUGAACAAUUCACAUGUGAUUACGCAAGAUUACGUUAUUAAUAUUAUGAAUCCCAAGCACUGAUGUUGGUUGUUACAGAUGCGGCUGCACAGGUUGGUUCUCUGCCGUGCCAGAAACGUGGGACUGCACUAUCCAGGUACAGCUUGGUCUAUUGCCUUUGUGAAAGUACUGAGGACUGAGCAUUUUACUCUCAUUUUUAGUACCUCAUAGUAGAGAUCUUAAACGUUUUUUAUUGUAACUGCAGUCUCUGUAACAUUAUGGAAGCUGAUACACAUCCAAGACAAACUCUUAUAGAUAUGAAUUUAUGCAUCUAUACAGACACACAUCCUCUGUAUCCCCUCAAAAUCCUAUUUCCCAACAGCAUUAUGUAUUUCUUUAUGGUAAGAGGAAUCAGAUACUAUGUAAGCAUGACCACUUUGGGAAGAGUAUUAGAAUCUGUAAGUACAGUCAGUUUAAUUGACCCCAAAAUAAAAUCAGCCGGAUUUUGGCCUAA